GGGAGGGGGUAAGAGUUAAAAAAGAAAAAAGGAAAAAAAAAGAAAGAAAGAAAGAAGGAGAAAGAGAAAAGAAAUCUCAAGUCGCGUCCCCGACGUCUCCGGGCCCCGCGGCCGCAGCGGCCGCCCCACAUUCCUGGCAUUCCUGGGCCGUGACUCCCCGCGCCGCCCCGGCCCCAGCCGGGCCCCGGCCCCGCCGCCUCCAGCUCGCCCGCCCGCCGGCCCCGCUCGCCCCCGCGGGACACCAGUCUCCUCCCUCCCGCCCUGCCUCCCUCCUUCCCGCACCCCGCGGCCGGCAGCAGCAGCUCAGGGCGCCCGGCCCUCCGCGCCGCCACCGGCGGCCGCAGCGCCCUCCCGGCCGCCCCGCCGAAGUUCCCCGCGGUGGCCGGGCCGGGGCGGCGGGAGCCGCUCUCCCUCCGCAGCGCUGGUGCCGGCGGCAGCCGCGGGCGCGCACAAAGCCGGAGCCGCCGCGCUGCCCAGCAGGAAUCCCUUGGAGCUUGCCCCAGGAAUGGACAGCUCCCUCCGUUUCUGGAGGAGAGUAGUGCCAGCUGAAGAAGCCUUCGAGGCGGGUGGACAAGUGUGCUGCUAGCUCUGGGGAGAGCCCGGGGAAGGGGCGAUCCCGCCGGCCGUCAGCCAUGCCUUUCGGGCUGAAACUGCGGCGGACCCGGCGCUACAACGUGCUGAGCAAGAACUGCUUCGUGACCAGGAUCCGUCUGCUGGACAGCAACGUGAUCGAGUGCACCCUGUCCGUGGAGAGCACGGGGCAGGAGUGCCUGGAGGCUGUCGCUCAGAGGCUGGAGUUACGCGAGACUCACUACUUCGGCCUUUGGUUUCUCAGCAAGAACCAGCAAGACCGCUGGGUUGAACUGGAAAAGCCUCUGAAGAAGCAGCUGGACAAAUUUGCCAAUGAGCCUUUGCUUUUCUUUGGGGUGAUGUUCUACGUGCCCAGUGUUUCCCGACUGCAGCAGGAGGUGACAAGAUAUCAGUAUUACCUACAGGUGAAAAAGGAUGUUCUUGAUGGGCGAUUGAUAUCCUCAUUUGAGCAGGGGAUUCGACUGGCUGGUCUGGCAGUGCAAGCGGAUUUUGGAGACUAUAAUCAGUUUGAAUCUCAUGACUUCCUCCGAGAAUAUGUCUUGUUUCCUAUGGACUGGACCCAGGAUGAAGCUGUUCUGGAGGACCUGACUCAGAAGGUUGCUCAGGAGCACCGAACUCACAGUGGCAUUACAGCAGCAGAGGCUGAGCUAAUGUACAUCAAUGAAGUGGAACGUCUGGAUGGGUUUGGACAGGAAAUUUUCCCUGUGAAGGAUAACCAUGGAAAUGACAUACACCUUGGUAUUUUCUUCAUGGGCAUCUUCAUAAAAAACAGAAUUGGAAGGACAACUGUGAUCUAUAGGUGGAAUGACAUUGGGAAUAUUGCUCAUAACAAGUCUUCAAUUGUUCUAGAGUUGAUCAACAAAGAAGAGAAUGUACUCUUUCACACAGAUGAUCUUGAAAAUGCUAAAUAUAUUUCACGUCUCUUUGCAUCAAGACACAAGUUUUACAAACAGAACAAAAUCUGCACAGAACAAUCAAAUUCUCCUCCCCCUAUCCGACGGCGGCCAACCUGGAGUAGGUCAUCUUUGCCAAGACAACAUCCUUUUAUACUGCCUCCUAUGCAUGUCCAGUGUGGAGAACACUACACUGAAACACAUAAUUCACAAGAUAGCAUUUUCCAUGGAAAUGAAGAAACUUUCUACUGUAGGUCUCAGACCAGUUUGGAUAGGUGUCCAAUGGACUUCAGCUACUUGAAUGGUAAUGGACCCAAUGGGAGUGUAUGCAGUGCCCACAGCAUGAACUCCCUCAAUCGCUCGCAGAACUUCAUCCAGGCAUCUCCAAUGUCCUCAAAUCUGAGCAUCCCGGGGAGUGACAUCAUGAGAGCAGACUAUAUCCCCAGCCACAGACACAGUGCAAUCAUCGUCCCGUCUUACAGGCCAACUCCAGAUUAUGAAACUGUCAUGAGGCAAAUGAAGAGAGGGGUGAUCCAGAUGGACAGCCAAAGUCAGUCUUUGAGAAAUCUCAAUAUUGGAAACACACAUGCUUACAACCAGCCAGAGGACCUAGUUUACAGCCAGCCUGAGAUUCGAGAGAGGCACCCUUACACGAUCACCUACGGGCCCCAGGGGGGUGCCUAUAACAAACCCGUGGCCCCGUCUGACCAAAUGAACCCCAACAAUGCUGCCCAGAAUAAGACAGCAGCCAGCGCCAUAUCCCACACGGUCAGCACCCCAGAGCUGGCCAACAUGCAGCUGCAGAGCGGCCAGAGCUACAACACCACCCACAUGCUCAAGAACUAUCUCUUCAGGCCCCCGCCUCCGUACCCACGCCCGCGCCCCGCCACCAGCACGCCUGACCUGGCCAGCCACCGGCACAAGUACGUCAGUGGCAGCAGCCCUGACCUGGUCACCCGCAAGGUCCAGCUCUCAGUGAAGACCUUCCAGGAGGACAGCUCGCCUGUGGUGCGCCAGUCACUGCAGGAGGUCAGUGAGCCCCUCAUGGCCGUGAAGCACCACACAGCCGUGAACAAGCGCCACAGCCUGGAGGUCAUCAGCAAUAUGGUGCGCGGCAUAGAAGCCAUGGCCCUGAAAACUUUAAACGCCCCCCUGCCGCGCAGGAACACUCUGCGGGAGCAGGUGCAGCCGGAAGAGCCAGUUCAGAUGGGCCACGAAGUUCAGCAGGUCCCUCACUACCACCACAAAAAGACGUUUUCCGAUGCCACAAUGCUGAUACACAGCAGCGAAAGCGAAGAGGAAGAGGAAACGCAGGAAUCUGUGUCCCGGAUAGCAGCCCUCCACGAGAACAUGGAGUACAGCGCUCAGCUGCAAGCUGCCUUGGCUAGAAUACCAAAUAAACCUCCCCCAGAGUAUCCCGGGCCUCGUAAAAGUGUCAGCAAUGGAGCGCUGAGGCAGGACCACGUUAGCAUUUCUGUGGCUGUAGCCAGGGCCAAGGCCAUGAGGCCAGGGCCUUCCAAAGCCAUCAGUGUCUCUCGAACUGAUCAAGUGGCAAUAAAUGGCUCUUCACUGGGGCCCUCUAUCUCAGAGCCUGACCUCACCAGUGUGAAGGAGCGGGUCAAGAAAGAGCCGGUCAAGGAGAGGCCUGUGUCUGAAAUGUUUUCUAUCGAGGACAGCAUUAUAGAAAGAGAGAUCAUGAUGAGGAAUCUAGAAAAGCAGAAGAUGGCAGGCCUGGAGGCCCAGAAGAGGCCCUUGAUGUUGGCAGCACUGAACGGACUCUCAGUUGCUAGGGUUCCAGUGCCGGAGGACAGCCAGGAUGAAGUCACCAAGGUGCCAAUGGAUGAGAGGUGCAAAAUCUUGAGGAGGAAGCUGGAGGAGGGGAUGGUGUUUACAGAAUACGAGCAGAUUCCAAAGAAGAAGGCAGAUGGGAUCUUCACCACUGCUGCCCUGCCUGAGAACACAGAGCGCAACCGCAUCAGGGAGGUCGUUCCUUACGAGGAGAACCGAGUGGAGCUGGUGCCGACCAAAGAAAACAAUACAGGCUACAUCAAUGCUUCACACAUAAAGGUGACUGUAGGUGGAGAGGAGUGGCACUACAUUGCUACCCAAGGGCCCCUGCCACACACAUGCCAUGACUUCUGGCAGAUGGUGUGGGAACAGGGGGUGAAUGUUAUAGCCAUGGUCACAGCUGAAGAGGAGGGAGGAAGAAGUAAGAGCCACCGUUACUGGCCUAAACUGGGCUCUAAGCACAGCUCAGCCACCUAUGGGAAGUUCAAGGUGACAACCAAGUUCCGCACGGACUCUGGCUGCUUUGCAACUACUGGUCUGAAGGUCAAGCAUCUUCUCUCUGGACAAGAGAGGACAGUGUGGCAUUUGCAGUAUACUGACUGGCCAGACCAUGGGUGUCCAGAAGAAGUCCAAGGCUUUUUAUCUUACUUGGAAGAGAUCCAGUCGGUGCGUCGGCACACCAACAGCGUGCUGGACAGCAGCAACACCUGCAACCCUCCCAUCGUGGUGCACUGCAGUGCAGGCGUGGGGAGGACUGGCGUGGUGAUCCUGACAGAGCUCAUGAUUGGCUGCUUGGAGCAUAAUGAAAAAAUGGACGUUCCUGUGAUGCUGAGACACCUGCGGGAGCAGAGGGUGUUUAUGAUCCAGACCAUUGCCCAGUACAAAUUUGUCUACCAAGUGCUCAUACAAUUCCUGCAAAACUCGAGACUUAUUUAAUCUUUUCAAACAUCCCAGACCCAGCAUUGUGGAUCUGACUGAACCUUACUGAUGAACAAGGGGAACUGCCUUGACAACACUGUGUGCAUAUAUUGCACUUUUUAAAGUUGUCUUGAAAGUAAGGAAUGAUGGUUCUUUACUAGUCUCCCAUGGAUUAUUUUAUACAAGAUAUAAUUUAUUUUUCUUGGAAUAACUUUUGAAUUACUUUCAUAACUCAUAAAACUUAUAGUGACCUUCAAAGUGAACCACAUUUGACAUGACUGGUCUGCAUUGUAACAUGUCUGUAAGGAAAGCAAUCCUUUGUAAAGGUAGUUUGCUGGCUUCUAUUUUGCUACACAGCUUCUGAAACCUACAGUUAUUUGGCAGUGGGCUUUUUUCACGUAAGGACCUUCUGGACCCAGUGUGUGGCUUCUCUGGUAAAAGCAAGACCUGCUAGAUGUCAGCUACAGCUCUGUGUGAGUGGAAGCUGAGGGUGCACAGCGUGGAGACCUGAGCUCUGCACGUGCAGCCAGGCACGUUACAGAGGGCUCGAGCACAGGACAUUGUGAGGACAUAGAGUUUUGGGUGCUAAACUCUUCAAAUUCCACAAGAAUUACGGUUUUAGACUAGUCCUUGAAAAAGUCAAUAUUGUGUCUUUUUAAGGAAGCCUUUUGCUGCUGUGUGCAACCCAUGAAGGGAAUCAUAAGAAGCAAUGUAGGCUGCAGUGCAGUGACCUCCAGCAGGCUGAAGUCAGUGAGUGACUCUUUCCAAUAACUGGUGGUCUGAGAGUUUAAUAGCAGAGCAUUUUCAACCAAACAUAUCUGGAAAAAAAGCCAAAUCAAGCACCUUCUCACCAAUUCAACUGAAAGUAUUAUUGCCUUGAGGCUCACCCUCUGCAGACAAGGAAUCUCAUUUAAAUUAGGCAUCUCCAGUUGCCUUAGCCUUCACUAAGUGUGAGCUAUUGUUGGAUGGUUAGAGAAGGAGUCAGGCUAGAGAGGUGCCUUGGAGGUCUCUGGACCCAGCCCCACUCACCCCACUGCUGACUUGAAACUUGGAUAGGCUUGUCCAGGGACACAUCCAGUUUCAGAAUUUUCAAGGGUGAGGAUUUCACAGCCUCUCAGGGCACGUGAUGCAAUGCAGUUACUUUGUUGUGGUGAAAUCAUCUUUCUCGGUAUCCCUUCCCCAGAUACUUCUAAUAUUUUAAUCCUACUGUUGCUUUUCUGUUGCAUCCCCACCUCCAAACCCUGGUCAAUGUACAAAGCCCUAAGCCUACAAGCACUCUUAUUUUCAGCACUAAAGGAACUAAAAUUAAUGGGGAGCUUAAGCCAAGGUUCUGUACCAGAAUGUUUCUUGAAUGUAUUUAAAACUGCACUGUGUUGAUUUGAUGCUCUGCAAUACAGGCCUAACAUGAUGACAAAGCCUCUGGUGAAGACUUGUAACCACCAAUAAAUGGAGAGGAAUUAUUUUGCUGUAAUAGCUUGACCAUGUUCUUUUUAGGGAUCAGUUGAGCUUUCAGUCAACUUCAGUUUUCCUCUAAUUUUUUUUCCGCCAGUGCCAACAUAUCUCUUGUUAAAUUAGCAGCAACCAUUUAAAGUCUUUUCAGCAGCAUCUGCAUGAUAAUUGCAGAGAGAUGCUUUAUAUCUGGGAAAAAAGCCAAGGAAUAAACCUUGAAGCAAAGUGUAUUAAAUUAGUUAUCUCGUUAUAAGUUUUUGAAUAAUUUCCUAAUGAUGAAUUAAGUUUGAACUCAGAGCUGUCAAGUCCCAUUUCUCCACUUGGAUGUGAGAAGUAGAAAAUCAGGAGGGAAAAGAAUCUGUUCCUAUGUCUUAUUAUUCAGCUGCUCUUGGCUGCAAUGUGUGUUUCUGCUGCUACAGUGAGCACAGGAAAGUUAUUGCAUAAGAGAGUGUGAAGAGCUGUGUUUGAAGGGAAGAAAAUUAAGCAAAUGUUUUUUUAUGCAAAGAUGCAUCAUAGGUGUCUUAGAAAAACAUUAAUUAGAAAAAGGCACUAAAAAUCCUUUCCAAAUUAAGUCAGUGCCUAUUAAUGAGCCAAAUAAGUGGCCAUGUGGUAAGCAGUCAUUUCCAAUUAACUCCUAAUGUGGCUGGUAUGGUAGAUAGAGGCCAAUGUGAGUCACUUUUUCCUUUUCAUUGUCAAAGAAUGGUAAUUUUAAACUUUUCCUUUCAUCUGACUUCAAUGUAUUUUUCCCUGCUAGAUUUUAUCUUGACUAGAUCUGUUAAUAUCCUAAGUGAAUUGGGCUGGUGCAUGUCUUCAGAGGUUCUUUUCCAGCCCAGCUUACAAGCAGCCCUCAGCAUGCUGAUGUUUUAUGGUUGAAACAUGGUACAGUUUUGUAAGGGAAAAAAUGAACCUUCUCACUUUGAACCUGUUGUAGUUUUAUCAGGCCAAAAUUGCUUGGGCAGUAUUUCCUAACCUUUAGGGAGUGACAGGAAAAUGCAUUUUGCAUCCAAUUUUCUUAGUCAUAGCAGGAAUGAACACAUGGGCCUUAAAGCAACAGUGCUGUUAAGUUUCUGUCCUGCAGACUUUUAAAGAGCAGAACCCUUGAGGAGAAAAGGACAAUUUGGAGUUGCUGUUUGUUGUGUUGCAUGUUUUUAACAUCAAAGCAUAACAGUAGAUUGAGACCAGUUUCAUCCAUUUGGAGUAAAGUCUGGAUUGAAAAUCUCACAAUGAUUCAUCAAUGAACAGAAUUUUGACACAAGCAGUCUUCUCCCAGGGCACCAACCUUGCAGUCUGGCAUGUUCAGCCUACAAUCCCUGAUGCUUUCCAAGAGAGAACUUGCAGCAGAUGAGUAAGUCUGGCUUGGGCAUCCAUUGUGUCUGUUUUUCUUUUAGUACACUCUUCAACUGUAUUUAACAAUCUUUGCUUUUUUAAUUUAAACUCUUACCAACUAUAGUAUUGAGGUGCUGGCAUUAGCUUUUUGGUUACAGUUAUGGUCUGAGCAUUUCAUGCUUCCCAUUGUUAGAGCAGGGAUGGGAGAGAUGACAGCUGAGCUGUGGUGCUGCUCAGUGCUCUGGGGAUCCUGUUUCUGUCCUCUGUCAGUCACACUGGAGGAUGGUGGACAUCAGCUGCUCAGGUCCUAUUUGUUUCAGGUCCUACAAAGGCUUGUUUAGGCACCUUGUCCUUGACUACCUGAGGAAAGAUGAAGCUUGUUCCCACGAACAUUUUCCUGUAUAGGCAUACAGGGGUCCUAAAUGCUCAGCCUUAUCAGAAGUUCCCUAAUCUAAUUUUAGCUGGCAAAAGACACAUCUCUGAGAGCUUACUCAACCUAUUGCCAGCACAGUCCUUGAAGUAUAUUGAAGUGCAUGCUGUACUACUUAUUUAAAUCAGCUGCCUCAGCUACAAGUAUUAAAUAUUUGCAUGAUUUCAAAAGCUGGGGGUUUUAAAAUUACUUUCUUGUAAACAAACAGAAAUGCAAAUGGCAAAACAUAGACUUACUCAUUCUUUUCCAGCCUAAGUGCUUCAAUAGUGCUUGUCAUGCCAGCCAGGACGUUAUUUUUCCAAUACCUGCUAUGUCUCUGUAGUUCGCAAGCAACUCUAAAAGAAAUGUUGAUGGGCAAUCUUGUACUUGGAUAUAGCACAGAAACCUGUAGGGAAAAUUCAGCAGAGCUAACUCUGACAAUGCUGCAUUUCCAACAGCCGACUUCCCACUGGUCUCCUGGGAGGAGAUGAUGACUGAAUUAGCUGUUGUCAGCCUCACUAACAGUUUGUGGUCUGUGUGCUCAGAAAGUGGAAUCAUCAGGCUGAUCUGUGCUGUAGCAGCUCUCAUGCUUCACUGAGGGAGGUCUGAGUUAAAUUUUGCUCCUUGUAUUAGUGGGUAAAAAAAUGCUAGGGUGGCAGCCACUGCAGGUAAUAAAGGCCUGCAUCACAUUGCAGAAGCAAAUUCCUGAGCAGGCCAUGAGAGGAAGGACUGCAUGAAAACAGCCUUUGACCACCCUUCUGCAAAAUGAAUAUAAAGCUGCUGAUGUGUACUUCAAGGCAUGUCGAGUUUGGGAUAGGUUUUGAUGCCAGUAAGAGAGAGGCUGCAAGUCCAGAACCCCAAAAGCAAUUGUCCCCAGCUCACUCUUAGCCUUCUAGAGUGGUUUCCUUGUAGGAUCUGGUGCUUAGGGAGCUAUAGAUGCCAUCUAGGUCUUUAGAGAGAAGGACAUUAUACAUGCAGCUGCUUCCAGGGAAUGGGGAUUUGAGGAAGGGAACAGAUGGCUGUGGGGCAAAACAAGAUGGAGGUAUUAACCAUAAAUAAACUAGAUUGUUAGAUUGUGAAACAAAACAGUGCACAGGUCAAAAAAUAGCAGUGUUUAUAUAAAUAUUUAAAGUAAAUAAAUUUAGUCAGUGUUUUUGGAGUGUCUUAGAUUACAGUUCCAUUGGUUUCUCUCAGCUGUUUUGGCUGGCAUUUCUUUGAAGUUUUGUUGCCUGUGCUUUCUGUGCACCCUCACUGAGAGUUUCCCACAUGCUUUAACAACAGGACUUUGCCUGCAGAGAGUGAACUGGAAAUCACUGAAAAUAGGAGCUUCCUCUGGAGAAUUCCAGCACUAUCUAACAGCAAGGGAAGGACUGCCACUGAUUCUCAGUGGCUGGACAGUCAGUUCCAGGUAUUUCAGGGGUAGUGCUCCUUGAUUAGGCAGGCAGGCAGAAAGGGAAUGCCUCCCACAAGCUGUUUUCAUGUCAGGCUGGGGGGCACUCCCUGACUUAGACAGUGGCUGGUAGCUGAGGAAGAAAUAGGGAUGUGUCUAGAAAAGGGUGCUCAGCCCCUCUGGUGCACCUGGCAGCAAACUUUAGGGGCUUCCUGAGGCCAAAGCUGUAUCCUGCUCCCUGUGUGUAGUGCCUCCUGAUGGAUCCUCUUCCAUGAAUCACAUUACCUGCUCUUUGGAAGCCAUUUAGUCCUCUGGCCUUCACAAUGUCCUGUGCUGGUGAGCUCCAUAACUUAUAGAUUGAAUGUAUAAGAACUUCCUUUUUGUGUAUGUUAAAUAAAAGUAUUUUCUUGCUUCUGCUUGGUCUUUAAAAGAAAGCAAAAGUAGUACCAGAAACACUGGUAAUAGGAUGUUUAUCCUGUUGAGGUUGCUCCAUAUGGAUAACAUAUUUUCCUCACUAGUAAAGUACCUUUCUUUGGUUAUUUUACAAAGGAAAAAGUUUACAUAUGCAGAUGACUGUAAUAUUCCCACAUGUUAUUGUGUGGAAUGUGGUAAAUGAGAUAACAUGUUUAAGUUUUAUGUCACUGGAUUUUACUGUCCUGUUUUACUACAGUAUUGUGAUGCCUCCAGUUUUAUUUGUUCUGUAAUUCUGUGCCUGACAGUUUAGCACAAAACAGUGAUCUGACUCUCACCACCUCAUUGUAUGUACACAUUUUGUAGAAAAAUGAGACAUCAGUUAUGUGCCCUUCCUGCCCCCAACCCCUCCUGUUAGGGCUGAAUGGCAGAAUUGUUCUAUGCUAUUGAAAGCCUUUAAAAAAAUAAAAAUCUAUGCAUGCUAUUUUAUAUUCUAAUGUAUUAUUCAUAUCAGUACAUAAGCUUAUGCUUGUCAGUUUUAUCUUGUGUAUAGAACUGAUUACUUUUGACAGUAUUUUUGCACUGUUUCUUUUCUUUCUCUUUUUAUUAUAAAAAGUUCUAUCAGCAUUAA